GGGGUUUGUGAGUAUAAUUUUGUAGUGUUUCGAGAAGAAGAGCAAUGAGUAGUUCCUAAGCAAGAUACACACUUUAUCAUCCCCACAUGGAAAGAAUAUCGAGGGAUUUCCGUAAUUUAUACACACCGCCAUUAAUCCUAUUUUAUUCUUCUUUGUAACUGACACUCCAUUCAUCUUCAUUUCCUUCUUUUCUGCUCUUUUUCGUCAACCAAAAUCACUCUUUUUGAAUCGGAAUCGGCGAUUCUGAGGUGGGUUUCGAUUGGUUUGCAAGAUCUAUCUAUUUGUUCUAUCUGCUGCAUUGAAGUUAGAGAUCGGAUUUAUACUAUCUAGGGUUUCUAUUUGUGAAUGUGGUUCUUCUUUUGUUACGGUUUCUGCGAAUUUCGGUUUUCGGAGGCAUUUUAGGGUUUGUUUGGGUACGGUGAAUGGUGUUUGAUGGAGUUCUACAGGUGGAUUUAUGUUCUGAAUUGAAUCGUUGGAUAGUUUUUUCGAUUUGGGUUUUACUUUGAUUCAGAUUUGGCAUUGUGUUUGAAAUGGCUUGUAUGAAGUUGGGAUCUAAAGCUGAUGCUUUUCAAAGACAAGGGCGGGCUUGGUUUUGUACAACAGGCUUGCCUAGUGACAUAACUGUUGAAGUUGGUGAUAUGUCCUUCCAUCUGCACAAGUUUCCUUUGCUUUCCAGAAGUGGGGUUAUGGAAAGACUGAUUGCAGAAGCAUCAGCUGAAGAACGAGACGAAACCUGCAUCAUCAAGCUCUACGGCAUACCUGGCGAAGCCAAAACAUUUGAGCUUAUAGCCAAAUUCUGUUACGGAGUCAAACUCGAACUCACAUCUUCAAAUGUAGUUCAUCUACGAUGUGCUUCAGAGCAUCUUGAAAUGACAGAAGAGUACGGUGAGGGCAAUCUCAUCUCACAAACAGAAAUGUUUCUCAAUCAAGUUGUUCUUCGUAGCUGGCGAGAUUCGUUAAAAGCACUCCAAUCAUGCGAGGAGAUUCUCCUGCAAGCAGAGGAACUCAAUGUAACAAAGAGGUGUCUUGAAUCGUUAGCCUCCAAAGCGGGUACUGAUCCAAAUCUAUUUGGGUGGCCUGUUAAGGACCAUACGGGUCCUUUGCAGAGUCCGUGUGGGAGCGUUUUGUGGAACGGUAUAAGCACGGGUGCUAAACCGAAAAACUCGGCUUCGGAUUGGUGGUAUGAGGAUGCCUCUACUUUGAGUUUGCCUCUUUACAAGCGUUUGGUUUCGUCAGUUGAAUCUUGCGGUGUUAAUCAAGAGAUCAUCGCGGGUUCUCUCGCUCGUUACGCCAAAACAUACAUACCCGGUUUGAGUAGGCGACAGUCAUCGACCCGUUUGGCUUCCUCACUACCCUCUGAGGAAGAACAGAAGGUUUUGAUAGAAGAGAUCGAUAGAUUGCUCCCUAUGCGGACUGGAUUGGUUUCGACUAAAUUCCUAAGCAGCCUUCUGCGUACGGCGAUUAUUCUUCGUUCGAGCCAGACUUGCAUAUCGAAUUUGGAGAAACGAGUUGGGAUGCAGCUCGAGCAGGCGACUCUAGAGGAUCUCUUAAUGCCUAGUUUCUCUUAUUCGUUGGAGACCCUUUACAAUGUGGACUGCGUCGAACGAAUUCUUGAGCAUUUUCUUGAUAUGGAUCGGGUUUCGGCUGGGACUGCUUCUCCUUGUUCUUUUGAUGAUGGACGGUUGAUUGAUUCGCCUUCGUUGACCCCUAUAACAAUGGUCGCCAAGCUAAUUGAUGGGUAUUUAACAGAAAUCGCUUCUGAUGUUAAUUUGAGUCUUUCCAGAUUUCAGAAUUUAGCUGCCUCUGUCCCAGACUAUUCUCGGCCUUUGGAUGAUGGCCUUUACCGAGCAAUUGACACUUACCUAAAGUCACACCCGUCGUUGGUAGAUUCGGAAAGAGAGCAGCUUUGCAGGUUGAUGGACUGCCAGAAGCUGUCGUUAGAAGCAUGUACACACGCAGCCCAAAACGAGAGGCUGCCACUUAGAGUAAUAGUCCAAGUCCUCUUCUUCGAGCAGCUCCAGCUAAGGACCUCGAUCGCCAGCUGUUUCCUCGUAUCAGACAACCUAGACGGUUCAAGACAGCUUAGGAGCGGCGCAAUGGUGGCGGGAUCCAGCGAGGACGGUGGUUGGGCUGCUUCCAGCGAAAGCCAUGUCUUGAAGGAGGGAAUGGAUAGCAUGAGAAGUAGGGUUGCUGAGCUAGAAAAAGAAUGUUCCGAUAUGAGGGAGGAGAUUUCUAAGCUAGGCGGGCGAACAAAGGGUUCAUCUUCGUCGUGGGGUUUAUGGGGAAACUUGACGAGGAAACUCGGGUUCAAGAUGAAAUCUCAUUUGUGCAAUGCAGAAGAUAGCUUGGUACAUUUGGAGAAUAACAUGGCAGGUUUGAAGAUGAUAGAUCAGGCUAAAGAUAGACAAUGUGGUGAAGGAGUAAAUAACUGUCCUUUGGAAAGAUGAUGAGAUGUUUCUUCUUGUUGUUUUCAUUGUUCUUUAAUUCUUCCUCCUAUUCAUAGACAACUUUUGUAGGUCUUUAACUUUUGAUUGUUGCAUAUUUGUCAGGUUUGGAUUCUAAUUGUAUUUGUUUAUGCAUUUUUUAAGCAAGGAAUUGCCCAAUGCGAA